AUGGCAAGACCACUUUCAAAGGAUCAUAUCUUGCCCGAGGGUUUCUGCACUCGCAUUGCCAUCUCUUUUGCCCGCAUCGCCCUCGACCAACCAGCACCCUUCUACCCCAUCGGAACUUCCAAUGGAACGAAUGCAAAUGUCUCUAGCGGGUUGUUCGAGAUCGAUGGGACAGUGGGGAAACAACGCGUGGUGGCUGGCACAUUUGAGCAACAACUCGGAUGUCGACAUUGCUCUCAAAGGAGUUGCUGCUACCGGAUACAAAAUUCUUCGAGUUUGGGCAUUCGGUAUGUCAACACCAUGCCAAAUGCUUCAACACCAGAUCCAAGUAAAGUCUACUUCCAGCUCCUGAACACGACCGGGUCAUACCUCAACUUCGGCCCUGGUGGGUUAGAAAGACUCCACUACGUUGUAUCCGCGGCUGAGAAAUUCGGCGUCAAGCUGGUCUCGCCUUUCAUAAACAACUGCGGCGGGAUGACUGCAUAUGGUAAGGCAUUUGGUAACAAUGCUACUACGUUCUACCCGAGUACUGCAGCUCAAACAGCUUACAAAACCUACGUGAAGACAGUCGUCACUCGUUGGAGCGGAGAUGGUUCCUACGCAUACAGCGACCGAAAUGGCUUUGACUUUGUAGCCAACUUGAACAUCAGUACCCUGGACAACGGCGUUUUCCACAUAUAUCCGAAUUCUCGGCGAUAUAAUUACACCUGCGGAGUACUGUGGAUCCAGGUACACGAUGCAAUCGGCAAGGUUGCUAGGAAGCCAGUUAUUCUAGAGGAAUACGGGACGCCUCUCCCGAAGAAUCAUACUGAGACCGAGGCGCCGUGGCAGGAUGCUGUGCUGAAGAGUGGUUUAGCUGCUGAUCGGAUCUGGCAGUUUGGGAGCUAUAGCUUGAGUGUGACUGGUGCGAAUCUUGGGACCGUGAACUCGAUUUACUCUAACCAGACGGAGAAUCAGACUUUGGGUGAGGAUCAUGCCAUGAAAAUGCUGAACAAAGGAGUGAAUCAGUAG